AGUUUGUGUUCUCAGCCUCUGAAUCUGCAAAGUGCGAAGUGGGAAAAACGCGAAGACGGGUAGGAAGGAUUGUGAUUUGUGAGUUCCUUGAAGAAAUGGCAUGUUUCCCGUUUGAACUUCUCCAAAGGGUCCCCUCCUUUUUCCCCUUCUGUCUUCACGCCAAUCCCUCUUUUCUCUGACCCCUCAAAAAGCAUAAAGAAAAAGCAAAGGAGGAGAGGAAGAAGGAGACAAUCCCACUCCCAAACCCACCCUCUCUCUCUCUCGCUCAUUUUCAUCAUUCCAAAAAAUCCUUCUUUGUUUACAUUAUCUUCUUUCCCGUUUGCUCACUUGUAUGAAACAAUUGCCAAGAUUCGAACUGGAAAGAUCCUUGAAAUCUUCAACAUCUAACCCAUUCUUCCAAAUCUUUACUUUUUCCCCUCGAAUCCUGUAUAUUCAAUUCAUUCUUUCUCCUUUUUCUUUUCCUCAUAAACCCUUUUCCUUGUCUGUUCCCAUUCUUUUCUAAUACAGGCGCAUAUAUAGAGUCAGAAACACAGUAUGCGGGUCUGUUAUUGGAUGGGGUGAGUUGAGAUGGGUGGCGUAGGAAGAGUGGAGGUGAUUGGUAGCAAAGGGUGUUCUAAGCUGUUUGUGGAUAUUUCUUCUUCAUUCAGAGGGCUACAACCUCAUUCUUUAGACCCACCAUUGCCCAUGAGCCCAGCUUCCUCUAACACUGUAGUAACAGAAUCGAGGGUCGCAGCUCGAUCCGUUGGCCCACUUUCUGGGCUUGUCAUCUGUGUCACUGGAUUAUCAAAAGAAGCCAGGAUGCAAGUGAUGGAAGCAACAGAGAGGUUGGGUGGUCAAUACAGCCCACAUUUGCAUCCACAGUGUACCCAUUUGGUGGUUCAAAGCUUUUGUGGCCGCAAAUUUGAGCAUGCCCUGAAACAUGGAUCCAAAAUUGGUCUUUUGAUUGUUACACUGGGUUGGUUUGUUGAUAGUGUGAGAAAUAAUGUUAGGUUGAGUGAAUCACUUUAUAGUGUCAAAGUUGCCGGAGAAGGUGUCUCUUUGGAUGUUUUCAACCGAAUUGGUCAGAAAGAUGACACUCAGACUUCUUGUCUUCCCAAGGGAGCACUUGAACAUCACAAAAAAUCCAACAUGAUUGAAGAGCCACAACAGAAUGUUUCAGAAAGAGAAUAUAUGAAAAGAACUACAGGCUCUCCUUUGUCUGGUCAUUCAUUUUAUGUAGAUGUUGGUGUGUCUGAUGAGCUGCGUAGGAAGGUUGUUGAGGCUGCUUCUGCCCAAGGUGCUACUUUGGUGGAUCAAUGGUUUGUUGGUUGUGGUGCCAGUCACAUAGUGUGUGAGGGAAAUUCUAUUCGGAAAUAUCUUGGUCAUUCUACAAAUAUUGUUACACCAUUAUGGGUUCUGAAGACUGUGAAGGAAAAGCAACUGCAAAGACUUGUUCACAUAUCUGCUGAUCUAGCUAAGCAAACAGGGAUAAUGAUUGAUAGUAUUCAAUCUGGCAUUUAUAGAGAGGGGAAGAAGAUGAUAAUAAUACCGUCUCAACCCUUCCUAGAUGAUGCACCAAAUUCUAUGUCUAGAAUAAGUCAUGAAGAGAGGCAAAAGAUCGUAAACCUGGCUAAAGAUGGAGUAAGGAAGAGACGGGGUAAACGUAUGCAGACAUGUCAAACCCCAAUGCGUCCAAUAACACCAAGUAGCCUUUUGGAUUCCAUCUGCUGGUCAAUUUCUGAGCCAACUUCAACUGCCUCUAUUUAUAUGGACUCUUCUAGCGUUGAAGAUGCUAACCUGCAAAACACAUCUGUCUUCUAUGACGCUAAGGAGGAUGGGAAGGAAUCUGAAUUUUCAUUUGUGAACUUAUCCCGACCACUUAAGGAAAGUGAGAAAUCAGAGCUGGUACUGAAGAGCCACUUUCUUACCAUACUGUUUCCAGUUGACCGGUUUUCAGAAAUGGGCCCUUGCUCAAGAACAUAUUUCAGUGAUAAUAAUGGCUUUAAGUGUCUGCAGGUCUUGGAUUAUAUAUAUGCCUUUUACCAGGAAAACAUGUCUAUUCAAGAAAUCGAGGUAGCCAUUCACACCGACUCCAGAUACGCUGAUAGGCUGCGUGCUGUAUAUUGCAGCCGCGAAACCACAGAACGUGGCUAUGCGGAAUUCAAAAGGAUCGAGUUUAUGGGUAGCCGAAAGAGCUUCGAAAUGUUGAAGCGAGUUUCUGGGGAUAAUAGUAGCAAUGUGUAUGAGUUGCUGAUUAGAGCUUGAAGGCAAUACAGAAAACUAAAUCACUUCUUUGGUUUCAUUAUGAGUGUCUUCUUGAAAAAAAAAAGUUGUAAAUAUUUGCUAACAUAAAGAAAAGUUUUCAUCGUGUUUAUCCUUUUACAUGCAAUCUGUACAAUUAUAUUUGUUUUCUAAUUGGAACACAACCAUUGUUGUUAUUGA